AUGACGGCCUCGAGUAAUCGCAUCGCUGUGGUAAAGGGACCGAGAAGUAGUAACGGCCAGUGUAGUCUCGGCGGGCGCGUGUCGCACGCGCCGCCCGCGGCCGCACACGUCCGCUCCCGACACGCCGCACGCGCCGCCUCCCCGCUCUGCCGUACCACGCGUGCGCUGGGCGCGACGCGCGGGCCGCGGGCCAGGCCCGCGAGCCUGCUGCUGGCCGCUGCGUGGCUGGCGGUCGUCGCGGCCGACCUCGCCUGCCCGCAGGAGCCGCCGGCCGCUCAGAUCGUGUGCGCCUCUUGCCGCUCCUACGAGAACGCUCGGGAGCACAGUCUGCGAGUCAUCAAAGAGAGCCUGCUGGCGAAGCUGGGUUUCGCCCAGGCCCCGAACACGACGGGCCGCCAGCUGCCGCGAGUGCCCGCCGACCUCAUGGAGCGCUUCGAGCGCCGGCCGCCGCCGCCGGGGGUGCAGGCUGACGCUCCUGCCGCUUCCCGCUCCUUCGUCACUCACACUGAGCAGGAUGACUUUCUCGCUCGGACCGAUAAUGUCCUCGUGUUUGCCCGUUAG